UAAUCCCCAGUUUUUUUGUUCAGAUUCUUUUAUCACACCACGCCAAAAAAAACACAAUAAUUUGAAAAAACGUUUUGUAUUAUUUAAGACUAUGCUCGGGACAUUCUGUGCUACUUGCACAAUUACCGGCUGUACUUGUUCAAACAUGAUCUUCGAUAAUCUUUUCGCUGGACUAAAAGUACUUCGAUAAUCUAUUUUUUGAUGUUGGUAGUCCUUGGCUUUAUUGAAAUCGAAAUUUAUAACUAGAUCAAUUUGUGUCAUACUUUAAUUGGCACAAUCAAUGGAAAAGCUUUUAGCAAGUUCUGGUCACAAAAUUUUAAUAAAUGAGAACUGUCCUUGCUCAAAGGAGCAUUUAGAUACAACUACGAAACUAAUAGUAGCAAUUUAUGUAUGCGUAAUUCAAACUUUCCUCGAAGUCACUGCUCUUGGGAGAUUAACUGGGAUGUUAGGGAGGUUAACUGGAGAAUAUAACAUGAAUGUGUUCAUAAUUAAGCUUAAAUUAAAAGCAACAUCACGAUGAGCGCUAUUGUCUCAAGUUAAAGCGUCAGCCUGUUGGAGUUUUCGAUAAGAUUUUUUUAACCUUUUUUCUUGUAUAAUGUCAUGUCAGUUCAAUAUAUAUUAUUUAGGUUUUUUGUUUAUUUGUUGGUGAAAUGCACAAAAAAACUUUCAAUUUUUGGUAGGUUCUUUUUAGUUUAAUUGUUCGGACUGAGGUUCUGUCAGAUUAGUCGACCACGUUGAACUGAAUUAGUUUUUAUUAGGAGGCGGCUGUUUCCAAUAACGUUGAACAAAUAAUUGUACUACUCUAUCUGAAAGAUUUUUCCUCCGUAGAUUUAUACUGCAAAAGCUAUCUUGACUGCAAAAGUGCGUUGAUUGCUGCUUGUAUUUAUUCUUUUUCUUAGUGAUGUCUUCGCUUGUUUUAAAGUUACAACUUCGCCGUCAAAAUCUUCUUUAAACUCUCAAAUUGAAUUUGGUUGCUAUUUAUAGCUCCACAAUCCCCAGUUUUGGGAUUUUUGUCCUCCCUGAACUAAAAGUUUGUCAUAUUUUGGAGUGUUUUCAAGCUUGUAUUAUGGAGUGUUUGGAAUAGAUAAACUUUAAUGCGUUCAGCAUUAAAGUUUCAUCGACAUCAAAUGAUGCUUCCCAGGUAGUGAGCCCAAAUCAUGGAUUUAUCUCAGGAAGAGUUUGAGCUUAUUCAGUCACUUCUAGAGUCACAACUCACCCCCUUUGGGUUCGAAUCCAGUCCGUUACUAAUCAAAUGGUACAACGAGCAAGUCGACAAAAAGUUCAAGUUCAAAUCCAUUCAUGAAGAUUCGCUGGCGUUUUGUGUGACCAGUACUUCUGAAAUGUUUGAGCGGGGCUUUCUCCCAUUUGUGUUCGAAUCGGGAAUUUGUCGCGAUUUACGCAAUGCGUUGGACGAAAGCAUCGGAUUUUACUUGAAGAAAAUGUGCCAAGAUUUGCAAAAUUACCAACCGAUCUUCUAUAGAGACUCCGAUUUGGAACCGGGAACAAGGCGACCUGCCUUCUUAGCCCAAACAGCCGCUCACGUGAGCGGAGUCGCCUACUACUACCACCCUUCGGAGAUAAUCCAGUCGGCUAAGAGAGAAGGCAUCCCAUUGCCCUGGAGUGAAGAAGAUCAGCAGGGCAGAGUUUACGGAGUGUCCAUUCACCAUAAAUAUGGGGGUUGGUUUGCAAUCAGAGGUCUCAUCAUUCUGCAAAAUGUGAAAUACAAAUCUCUUCAACAAACACCUCCACCAGAUGUGGUCGAAUCAAUACAGCUGAAGGUGAAAUUACUCAACGAUUUCAAUUUUAGUAACUGGAAAAACUGGAAUUACCGAGAUAUCAUUCCGGUUCAUCCAAAAAUGAAAUACAGUCAACUGCAGAGAAAGUAUUUCGAAACAGAACCUAAAUUGAGAUACGAUUCGUUGCAUGAUGAAUUGAAACAAUCUUGGUUGAACUUGAAAGAAAUGUGAAAUGACUUCUUAUGUUUGGUAAAUGAAUAUUGUAUGACAAUUUGAAUGUUUUUUUUUGCAGAAACUUGUAUGUUUUUUUUGCAGAAUCUUGUAAGUUAUUUUUUGUGCAGUAAAUUUUCUUCAAUAUAGCUUGAGUUAAUCUUAAUAAUUUACUAUUAGUGUGAGUAAAUUUUUUUAUUUGAAGAUUCAUUCAUAAAUUAAUUUAAGUGAAAUGUUGCACCCGGGCAAAAAGUUGCUCACUCAACAAUGCAAAAAGUUGCUCACCAUAAUUUUCCAUUCUUGGAAUAAUUUUCCAUAAUUUUCCAUUUUGCAUUUUCCAA